AUGAAAGAGCAUGCAACCAAUGUUGAGAACAUGUAUAAAGCAGUUGAUGAUUCUGCUGAAGUUUUCAAGAUUACGACCGAAAAAGUCGAUAAACUAAUUUCUGAGGCUACUGCAUUCAUGGAGAAUUUCCGAACUACCUUUGACUCUAAUACAACGAAGGGUAAUGAAUCACUUCAGAUUCUAGGUUCUUUAUUUAAAACUGAGAGGGAAAAUUUUCAGGAAAUCGAAACGGGGCUGAAAUCUGAUCACGAAGAAUUUCAAACUUCCAUUUUUUCUCAACUUACCUUACUUCAAGUUGAACAGGCAAUGUAG